AUGCAAUCAACAGAAAACACAGAGUGGGAAAAUCAAACCACCAUCACAAAAUUCAUCCUCCUUGGAUUCAGAAAUCUCCCUGAACUGCAGAUACUUCUCUUACUGCUGUUUUUAGUUAGCUACUUUGUGACAGUGGCUGGGAACAUCCUCAUCUUUGCUCUAGUUGUGGGUGAUCAACAACUUCACACUCCCAUGUACUUCUUCCUUGGGAACUUGUCCUGCUUGGAGACCUGCUACACCUCAACCAUCCUGCCCAGGAUUCUGGCCAGUCUCCUAACUGCUGUGUUAAAACUCUCCAGAACUGACACCCGCCUGAUGGAACUUACAGCUUUCAUAUUCGCCUCAAUUUUUACUCUCCCCCCAUUUCUAUUAACUGUUAUAUCGUAUGUUGCUAUUAUAACCACCAUCCUGAGAAUCUCGUCUGCCACUGGGAAACAAAAGGCCUUCUCUACCUGCUCCUCUCACCUCAUGGUGGUUACAGUUUUCUAUGGGUCCCUAACGAUUGUUUAUGUCUUACCCAAAAAUGAUAACCUGAGGGACCUGAACAAAGUGUUCUCUGUCUUCUACACAGUCCUGACUCCCCUGCUCAAUCCCCUCAUCUACAGCCUGAGAAACCGGGAGGUAAAAGAGAGCCUUAGAAAGGGGUUAAGUAAAUUUCUGCUUUGCACAACAAUGCAGACACUGUGA